CCUUUGUUAUUUGGCUAUUGUGUUAUGGUUUGCAUGUUUUCUUGGUAAUUCUUUUAUCUUUUACUUUUUUUAUGAAAAUUUCCAGAAAUAGAAACCAUAAAUGGGUUUUGUUAAUGCAGAGGGGUAUUGUUGGUCAAGAACGGCACAGAGGCAGGCGUCACGAUUGAGGUCAGCAUAUUUGAAAGCUAUUUUAAGGCAAGAAGUCGCCUAUUUUGAUCUUAAUGUUAAGAGCACAGUUGAUGUUAUCACUAGUGUUUCCGGUGAUAGCCUCAUCAUUCAAGAAGUGAUCAGUGAAAAGGUACCGGCGUUCGUGAUGAAUAUGGCAACUUUUGGUGCAGCAUAUAUUGUUGCAUUUUUGUUGCUAUGGAGGCUAGCAAUUGUUGGGCUACCAUUUAUAAUAAUUUUAGUCAUACCUGGUUUAAUUUAUGGAAGGGUUCUGAUGAACUUAUCAAGAAAGAUAAGGGAGGAGUAUAUUAAGGCUGAUAGAGUGGCACACCAGGCGAUUUCUUCAGUCAGGACAGUUUAUUCAUUUGUGGGUGAAAACAAGACGUUAACAGAAUACUCUGCUGCUCUAGAAAACACUAUAAAGUUGGGGUUAAAGCAGGGGUUGGCUAAAGGACUGACUAUAGGCAGCAACAGUGUGGUUGUUUAUGUUGUUAUGGCUUUUUUGUGUUGGUACGGUGGUAGAUUGGUGAUUUAUCAUGGAGUUAGAGGAGGAACAGCGUAUAAUGUAGGAUCUUGCAUCACCCUUGGUGGAUUAUCGCUGGGUUCUGGAUUGUCACACUUGAAGUAUUUUUACGACGCAAUGGCUGCGAGCGAAUGUAUAAGGGAAGUGAUUGCAAGAGUUCCGGAAAUCGACUCAUACAACAUGAAAGGGGAGAUAUUACAAGAAGUGUUUGGGGAAGUGGAAUUCAAGAAUGUGAAGUUUGCUUACCCGUCAAGGCCGGAAUCGGCUAUACUCACUGAUUUUAGUUUAAAAGUUCCGGCUGGGAGGACGGUGGCGUUGGUGGGUGGGAGUGGGUCGGGUAAAUCGACGGUGAUUACGUUGUUACAGAGGUUUUAUGAUCCUCAAGGGGGAGAGAUUUGUGUGGAUGGGGUGAGGAUUGAUAAGCUUCAACUAAAAUGGUUGAGAUCACAAAUGGGGUUGGUGAGUCAAGAGCCUGCUCUAUUUUCAACCACCAUAAAAGAAAACAUACUUUUUGGUAAGGAGGAUGCCACCAUGGAAGAAGUCAUUGAAGCUGCCAAAGCUUCAGAUGCUCAUAACUUCAUUUCUCGGUUGCCUCAGGCCUAUGACACCCAGGUUGGUGAAGGAGGUGUUCAAAUGUCGGGUGGGCAAAAGCAAAGAAUCGCAAUAGCUCGUUCGAUAAUCAAGUCACCACGUAUCCUUCUGUUGGACGAGGCAACAAGUGCACUUGACUCAAAAUCCGAACGAGUGGUUCAGAAGGCGCUUGAUCGUGCAGCUGUUGGUCGAACCACCAUCAUCAUUGCUCACCGUCUAUCCACAAUUAGAAAUGUAGACGUGAUAUCUGUGGUCCAAAAUGGCCAAGUGGUCGAAUCAGGCUCCCAUGAUGACCUCAUGCAACAGGAAAACGGGUUCUACGCGUCACUUGUUCACCUUCAAGAAGAAAAGCAAAACGUUGAACCACCCGAGCCAUCAUCCAUCUCCUCCACAUUUGAUGUCCAAAACACGAGUAGUGGUCAGCAGCCCAUGGUGAGCCGGUGUAAAUCUACAAACUUGGUCAACCCAGGUGGAGGAGACAGCUUUAACUCGCAAGCCAACCAAAAAUUUGAAGUAACGCCCUUUAAGAGACUUUUAGCAAUGAGUGUUCCUGAAUGGAAGCAAGCACUGUUUGGGAGUUUGGGCGCGAUUCUAGUUGGGUUAAUUCAUCCAUUUUAUUCUCUCAUAAUGGGUUCGAUGAUAUCCGUAUAUUUCUUGGCAGAUCACAACGAGGUCAAGCAAAAAACAACGAUGUAUGCACUGACUUUCUCCGUUUUGGCAGUUUUGUCGAUGGUAUUCAAUAUCAUUCAGCAUUACAAUUUUUCAGCCAUGGGCGAGUUCUUAACGAAGAGGAUCCGAGAAAGAAUGUUGACAAAGAUACUUACCUUUGAAAUCGGGUGGUUUGACAUGGAUGAAAAUUCAAGCGGGUCCAUUUGUUCGAGGCUUGGUACCGAUGCCAAUGUGGUGCGAUCCUUGGUAGGUGAUCGAUGCUCGCUUAUAAUUCAAGCAUUUUCAGCAGUGACGGUUGCAUGUACGAUGGGGUUGGUAAUCGCGUGGAGAUUGGCACUGGUGAUGAUAGCGGUUCAACCUAUUAUAAUCGUGUGCUUCUAUUGCAAAAUAGUUCUGCUAAAGAACAUGUCACAAAUAGCCAUGAAAUCACAAAAUGAAAGCAGCAAGCUAGCAGCUGAAGCGGUAUCCAAUUUGCGCACAAUCACUGCAUUUUCAUCUCAAACACGAAUCCUCAAAAUGCUUGAAGAGACCCAAAAGGGGCCAAUGCGAGAAAGUAUUCGGCAAGCUUGGUAUGCUGGAUUUGGGCUCGGGUUUUCUCAAAGCCUUAUGGCCUGUACUUGGGCUCUAGUUUUUUGGUAUGGUGGGAAGUUGAUUAGUGAUGGUCAUCUUGUGGCUAAAGGGCUUUUCCAGACGUUUUUAAUUUUAGCAAGCACUGGUAGAGUCGUUGCGGAAGCUGGAACCAUGACAAAUGAUCUGGCCAAAGGGUCUGAUGCGUUGCAGUCUGUGUUCACGGUAUUGGACCGCCGCACCUUGAUAGAGCCUGAGGAUUCGGGGGGAAACAAACCCGAGAUCAUUACAGGUCAUGUACAGAUAUGCGAUGUUGAUUUCGCCUACCCUGCGCGUCCUGACAUCAUGAUAUUCAAAGGGUUCUCCAUCGAUAUUGAAGCUAGGAAAUCAACUGCAUUGGUUGGUCAAAGUGGGUCCGGGAAAUCUACCAUAAUUGGGUUGAUCAAGCGUUUUUAUGACCCGAUGAAAGGCACUGUAAAAUUCGAUGGAAGAGAUAUAAGAUCGUACCAUUUAAGAACUUUAAGGAACUAUCUUGCACUCGUGAGCCAAGAGCCAGUGUUAUUCGCCGGUUCUAUACGUGAAAACAUCAUAUACGGUGCAUCUAAUGAAGUUAGUGAAUCAGAGAUUGUCGAGGCUGCUAAAGCAGCCAAUGCACAUGACUUUAUUACUGUUUUGAAAGACGGGUAUGAUACGUGGUGUGGUGAUCGAGGGGAACAACUCUCCGGAGGACAAAAACAACGCAUUGCUAUAGCUCGUGCCGUGCUGAAAAACCCCAAGGUUUUGUUACUAGACGAGGCAACUAGCGCGCUAGAUAGUCAGUCAGAGAAAUUAGUCCAAGAGGCCCUAGAACGAAUGAUGGUUGGGAGGACUAGCGUCGUGGUGGCGCACCGGUUGAGUAGCAUACAAAGCUGUGACAUGAUUGCGGUCUUGGAGAGAGGAAAGGUGGUUGAGAAAGGGAACCAUGAUUCGUUGUUAGCGAAAGGAUCGGUUGGAGCUUACUACUCCUUGGUUAGUCUUCAAAAGCCGGAUCGAUUCACUUGAGGUAGAGAUUUUAACUUGGAACAAUUACAAAAGCCGAAAUUUCAGUAACUCAUUUUGUAACAUUUCAACAUGAAAUAUAUGUGUUACAAGAAUUU